AGGCCAAUUUAUACUUCUGCGUCGAGUGUACGCCGUAGUGUACGGCGUAGGCUACGCACGUAGGCGACGCCGUCAUGAGCAUUUAUACUUCUGCGUUUAGGUCUGCGUUGCUCUGCAGUACAGCGCCGAAACGCUAGUUGGCGGCGGAGGGUUUUAAUGUUCCACUGCGUUUAGAUUCCUCGCGGCUGUUUUGAGUUUAGGUUACUACACGCAAUGGCGACUGAAAGAGAGCGGAUCUUGUUGGAGUUGGAGCUUAUGGAGGUGGAAAAGCAGUUAAUUUUAGUGAAAAUACUAAAACUAAAAGGCAGAAACGAGAGAAGACGUCGGAGGAGAUGGUACGUGCGGCCCGUGAACCGGUUGAGGCAGAAGGAGGGUGAAUUUUCUGUGCUUGUCCGGCCACUGAGAGACAUGGACGAGGAAAUGCACUUCAGAUAUUUCCGAAUGUCGGCCGGUAGAUUCGAUGAUUUGGUUCGUCGUGUGCAGCCAUUUAUCAUACAUCAGUGUACGCACAGUAUGCCUGUAGACAUUACGCAGAGACUGGCAAUCACCCUUCGUAUUUUAGCUUCAGGUGGAAGCCAACAGGCUGUAGCAGCUAGCUACAAACUGUCGUCAAGCACAGUGUCUUCCAUAGUGACCGAGGUAUGUAAAUCUUUGUGGAAAGCACUGCAGCCAGAGUUUCUUCCCUGUUCUUCAGUCGCCCAAUGGGAAAACAUUGCUGCUGAUUUUUGGCGACUGUGGAACUUUCCGAACUGUGUUGGCAGCGUCGACGGAAAGCAUGUCAACAUAAAAGCACCACCGCACGCCGGGAGCGACUACUACAACUACAAGGGCGCACACUCCAUUGUUCUGAUGGCUACUUGUGACGCCAGGUAUCGCUUCACCAUGGUGGAUGUGGGGGGAUACGGACGGGAAAGUGAUGGUGGUGUCUUCAAGGAGAGCCGAUUUGGUUCUAGGCUUCUUGAAUACAAACUGAACCUGCCCCCACCAGCCAAUCUUCCUGGAACAGGAGUCAAAAUCCCACAUGUGAUAGUUGGUGAUGCUGCAUUCCCCCUACACAACAACCUCAUGCGUCCCUUUCCAGGGAUAAACCUACCCAUGGAUAAGCAGACCUACAAUUACCGUCACUCCAGAGCCAGACGGGUGAUUGAGAAUGCAUUUGGCAUUUUGGUUGCAAGGUGGCGAAUCCUUGGGCGACCUCUGGAAUGUCUGCCAGACAAAGCAGUUGACAUUGUAAAAGCUUGUUCUGUUUUACACAACUUCCUGGCCUACACAGAUGAGGUCACCACACCUGUUAGCAGAUACAUCCCUGCUAAUUUCACAGACACUGACACUACAGGGUCACCUCAGCAAGGGGAGUGGCGCAGAGUGGUGUCAGGGGACACAAAUCUUUUGGAACCACUAGAUCCACGUCACCUUUCAAGGGCCCGCUCCACCAGAGCUGCAGUUGGUGUGCGGAAUGACCUGAUGGCCUUCUUUCAAUCACCCCACGGAAUUGUGCCAUGGCAGAACAACAUAGUGUGUCGUGGUCAACUUGAUCUAUAAAUUGUACUGGUGUAAAAUAUAUGCACCUAUAAAUGACAUUGAACCAUGUUAAUAAAUACCAGGUUUUAAGUCAA